AUGUCCGACCGUAUACGAGAGGCCCCUCUAGGCCAGUUCCUGAGAUGGGCAACAAAGAACCGUCUCUUCCCCUAUCCCGAAGAGCUUCCCGGCUUCGAACUACCAGAGUCAUAUAAUGCCGUCCUCAGGUCGGAGAAAGAGCCAAUCGAACGGCCUAUCAGCAGAAAGCAACUCAAAAAGGGGAGCGAUGAGUCGAAAUCCACUCCGGAUUCCGAAUCCUUCACCAAGAUAUCGAACUCCAACGCACCCUUUCCCGCCAAGAUACACCGCCAGUUCACACAAGAAGCGCUUAGAGACCGAGAUCCAAGACGCCAUCGAGCGCGUUGCCAGCAAGCCCAUCUACCCAGUUAA